AUGCAGUGCCUGCGCAAUCUCGCUGGAGAAGGAGCGGCCACAGGCGGCAAGGCGAUCAAGGACAAAGAUCUCGCUGACGCCGUGGAGCAUGAGUUGCAGUCUCUUCGCUCGUACAGGACUGCAGUAUCGCAGCAAAAAGAGGCAGACGUCGACUUCAUGAGCUGUACAAGUGGCGCGACUUUUGUCACCGGGCGCAGCGAGGAAACUUACAUCACCAAAUCUUCGUUGGCAAUUCAGGAGCCAUCACGGACGCGGCAAAAGCAGAUUCGCGAACUGUUGAAGUCGAUACCCGACACGGACCAGAUGGCGCGCGAGCGUUCGUGGCUGUACUCUUGUGUUGUGGGGCGGUACGAAAACCAAUAUCGCGGUUGGAAAGACAAACUGCCCGCUCCCAUCGACCGGCUGCUAAAAGCCAAUGAGCCGCCCAGCGGGUUCGACGAUGAUCUUCUUGGGCUGCUCCAUUUCGCACACAACCAAAUCAAACAUUUGGGGGCCUCGACGCCCAGAUGGGAUCCAGAGGAGGCGCCUGCUGACUUCGAGACGCGCCAGCGCAUUGUGGCUGAAGCAGAAGCCUUUCUCGCUGACAAGGCGGGCCGGGAAAUGGAGAGACAAAAGCAACGCACGAAGGGAUUUCGCGCAGCGCUAACAUCGGUGUUGCUGGAUCAAUUUCCGAUGUUGUGGGACCACAUCGAGCAGGUUCAGGCGGAGUGCAGAAUGUGGAAGCACGCUGCGCAAGGCCGCGCCCUUGCGUUGCUUGGCGUCGAGGAAGCAGACGAUUAUCGGGGAGAUGGUAGGCUCCGACGGUGCAUUGAGG